AUGGGCCAGAACUACUUCACGCUAAGAUUAAAUGAAUUUGCAGACCUAACCAAUGAGGAGUUUCGGGAAAUUCGUAAUGGUUACAUGAAACGAUCCUCCAAAUUGAUCAUGUCCAAUUCCACGAAACGAUCCUCCACUGAUGUGCCACCUUCUGUGGAUUGGAGAGAAAAGGGUGCAGUGACGCCUAUCAAGGACCAAGGCAAAUGUGAGCAAGAGCUUGUGGAUUGUGACAGUACAGGUCAAGAUCAUGGCUGUGAAGGUGGUCUAAUGGAUGACGCUACAAGCCCUACAUGCUACAAUAUCAGUCCUAUUUUUGGGUCAACUGUUCCUUAUUCUCUUGAUAGUACAAUCGAGUUUACAUCUUAG